GUUUCAUUGAGCUGAAUUAGUCCGGAUGACAUCAGCUUCGCAGCCCCUCGGGCGGGCCCAGCUCAUUGGAGCUGCUGCCCCUCCAGGACACUCACAUUGUUCCCCGCCCCCGUCUCGGCCACCGCCACCGCGGUCGCCGCAGUCAACACCCGGCUAUAAAAUCCAGAGGAACCCGGAAAGGUGCGGAUGCUCAUUAUAGACGGACCCGACACCAGUGCACAGAGCCAGGUUCUCCUAAGCAGCUUUUUCUGGAAUCGAAUUCACAGACCGAACGCAAAUUGACAUUAUUCCUGGGGCCAUGGACUCGGACGCUAGUCUGGUGUCUAGUCGCCCGUCCUCGCCAGAGCCCGAUGAUCUUUUUCUGCCCGCCCGGAGCAAGGGCAGCAGCGGCAGCGGCUUCACCGGGGGCACAGUGUCCUCGUCCACGCCGAGCGACUGCCCACCAGAGCUGAGCGCAGAGCUGCGCGGAGCCAUGGGCGCGGCGAACGCUCAUCCCGGGGACAAGCUGGGUGGCGGUGGCUUCAAGUCCUCCUCGUCCAGCACCUCAUCAUCCACGUCGUCGGCGGCCACGUCGUCCACCAAGAAAGACAAGAAGCAGAUGACCGAGCCCGAGCUGCAGCAGCUGCGCCUGAAGAUCAACAGCCGCGAGCGCAAACGCAUGCAUGACCUCAACAUCGCCAUGGACGGCCUGCGGGAGGUCAUGCCUUACGCGCACGGCCCGUCGGUGCGCAAGCUCUCCAAGAUCGCCACGCUGCUGCUGGCGCGAAACUACAUCCUGAUGCUUACCAACUCGCUGGAGGAGAUGAAGCGAUUGGUGAGCGAGAUCUACGGCAGUCACCACGCCGGCUUCCACCCGUCGGCCUGUGGCGGCCUGGCACACUCUGCGCCACUGCCCACUGCCACCGCGCACCCGGCGGCCGCCGCGCACGCCGCGCAUCACCCGGCUGUGCACCACCCCAUCCUUCCGCCCGCAGCUGCGGCCGCCGCGGCCGCAGCCGCAGCAGCAGCGGUGUCCAGCGCCUCUCUGCCGGGUUCCGGGCUGUCCUCGGUCGGCUCCAUCCGGCCUCCGCACGGUCUGCUCAAGUCUCCGUCCGCGGCCGCAGCGGCCCCUCUGGGGGGCGGAGGGAGCGGCAGCGGCGGCAGCGGUGGCUUCCAGCACUGGGGUGGCAUGCCUUGCCCCUGCAGCAUGUGCCAGGUGCCACCGCCGCACCACCACGUGUCGGCCAUGGGCGCCGGCAGCCUGCCGCGUCUCACCUCCGAUGCCAAGUGAACCGGCCCGCUCGGACGCGAUCUGGCGAGCCGAGGGUGGCGGGGCAGCGAGGACUGGCCGGCGCUGGGGUUCCGGGGCUCUGUUAUGAGGAAAGCGGGACCAUGGGCUGUGCCUAGGGGAUGUUGGGGACUCCAGUAUCCCGGAACCGAAGUAGGAGGCGCACUUGGGGCAAGUGGGAGUGAGCGGCGCAUUCGCUGCGGAGCGUGACUAAGCCCUAUGGCUGAACUCCGUAGGUCUUGGAGACACCGCUUUAUAAAACAAACAGCCAAGACUCACUCGAACUCCCUCCCCGCAGCCUCAGGAAGAGUCUAAAAACUGAUUUUCCCACGUGCACUGUUUGACUUCCUGUCUUGGCUUAGGCAGUACUUCUUGGAGAGGCAGCGAGGAGGAGCGUUGGGGGACCUGACUCCCCUUCCUCAUUUCUGGGCGGGUAGAAGACUCUGGGAGCCACACUGCUGAAGCGGCCGCUGGGCCUAGCCCUGGAGGUUCGUCCCUGGCCCAGAGCCAGGAGCAGUAAGUUAGUUGAAGCUGGCUUUGGUGAAAAAAGCACUUAGGGUCCUGUCCCCUGAUUGAGGAAACCCGCAUGAUCUAAGAAGUGUGGCCUUCCCUACUGUCUUUCCAGUUGGUUUGGGAGUUUGUGGUUUCCUAACAAAUCUGUGAAUGUUCCUUUUCAACAAUAUGAGCAAGCUUUACAGACGCUCAGACUAGAACCACUUGUGGAAUGGAAUUAUCCCAAACUACUGAAUGGGGAGGGGAUGCUUUUUAAGGUAUCAUUUUCUAAUAAAAACUAGUCCCCCAUCACCCCCUCACACUCCCGCCCCCCAAUUUUUGAUCACAAGGUAGUUUGGUUUCUUACAGGAUUGGAGACAGCUGCUUUGGUACCUGAGGGCUUCACAGAACUUAAAAAAUGUUGCUGUGAAUACAGCUUGAAUUAUUUGGGGGAUUUCUGUUGGGUUUUUAAUAAUUUCUUGUGUGUGUAAAUAUAAUAUGAACGUUGAAGCGUAUGAUGCUAAGUUGUUUGUUCACGUGACUGCCAGCCCCACCCGAGUUUAAGCUGGCUGUCUUCUGCUGUUUCGUUUUUUUUUUCUUUUUGCGGCGUUUAACACGAAUGGCAAAUCCCUCCACGUGCUUUCUGCCUCGGCGCAAAACGCCUGGCGCUGCCUGCGUUACAAAUAUGGGCUUCAUAGCGUCUGCCUCUUUUAACAUCCCUCCUCUCCCGCGCGCUGCUGUGCGCAGAGUGUAUCAUCUUUUUUAUUUUUGUAAAAAAAAAAAAAAACAAAAGAUGAAGAAAAAAAG